UUGGCAUUCCAUGGCGUUCCAAUCCAAAGGAAUCACAGUGUUUCUCGCUCAAUUCACUCGAACCAGGUACCUUUCACAAUACCUUCAUUCGUUAAUUCCAGUGCUUCCUUUUUCAACUCUUGACCUACCUGUAAACCAUGUGAAUGGAGAACCUAUGGAGAAUCGAUCCAAUAUCGACGAGUCUCAUGUAUUGGACCAGCUAUCUGAUCUGUUGUCGAUCCGAGGUAGCUCUGCAAUUCAAAAUCCCAUUACAAAGACGAUUUCUGCUAACCAACUAGAAAUUAGGGCAGUUGAUGGAUUUUUAUCACCAGAAGAGAAAUUAAGGGGCAUUUUUCUUCAGAAAAUCAGAGGUAGAAGUGCAAUUGAACGCGCAUUAACAGAAGUUGGUGUGGAAAUAACUGAUGAUGUUGUUGCCAAAGUAGUAAACAGAGGCAAUUUGGGUGCUGAAUCGAUGGUUAAGUUUUUUAAUUGGGCGAUCGAACAACCGAGCAUAUUUAAGGACAUUGAUACGUACCAUAUAAUUCUUAAAGCAUUAGGAAGAAGGAAAUUCUUCACUCAUAUGGUGGAAAUGUUACAUGACAUGAGGAUGCGAGGAAUAAGCCCUAAUUCUGAUACCUUAUUCAUUGUUAUGGACAGCUUUGCUCGAGCUCGGCAUGUUUGCAAAGCAAUCCAAUUUUUUGGGAAAUUAGAAGAUUUUGGGUCAAAAUGUGAUACUGAGUCCUUGAAUGUUCUUUUACAGUGUCUGUGUCAGCGAUCCCAUGUGGGUGCUGCAAAUUCAUUACUCCACAAAAUGAAAGAGAAAGUACCCUUCAAUAGUAUGACUUACAACCUGAUUAUUGGUGGCUGGUCCAAAUCUGGAAGGAUUAGUGACAUCGAGAGGAUUUUGGGAGAGAUGGUGGCAGGUGGAUUUGAUCCUAAUAGCUUAACAUAUGGUUACGUACUUGAGGGUUUAGGUAGAGCUGGUCGAAUUAAUGAGGCUGUCGAGAUUUUUGAAAACUUAGGAAAGGAAGGGCAUGCUCCUGAUGCUAGUGUUUACAAUGCAAUGAUCUCUAAUUUCAUUUCGGUUGGAAAUUUUGAUGAGUGCUUGAAAUACUAUAAGAGUAUGUUGUGUAAUAGCUGUGACCCAACUAUGGAUACAUAUGUCAAAUUGAUUUCUGCCUUUCUGAAAACCCGAAGAGUUGCGGAUGCUAUUGAAAUGCUUGAUCAAAUGUUAGAUCGAGGGAUCAUUCCCUCCACAGGAACUGUAACAUCUUUCAUUGAAUCUUUGUGUAGCUACGGUCCACCUUAUGCAGCUCUGAUGUUUUAUAAGAGAGCAAAAAAAGUUGGAUGUAGAAUAUCUUUGAGUGCCUAUAAACUGUUGCUUAAGCGGCUUUCUAGAUUUGGUAAAUGUGGCAUGCUGUUGAAUAUAUGGAAUGAGAUGCAAGAAAGUGGGCAUCCUUCUGAUAUGGAGGUUUAUGAGCAUGUCAUUAAUGGACUUUGCAACAUAGGGCAGCUUGAUAAUGCUGUACUAGUCAUAGAAGAAUCUUUGCGCAAAGGCUUGUGUCCAAGCAAACUUAUUUGUAGCAAAUUGAAUAACAAAUUACUGUCUUCAAAUAAAGUAGAGAAGGCUUACAGGCUUCUUUUGACGAUCAAAGAAGCUCGUCGAAAUGAUAAUGCACAGAGAUAUUGGCGCGCUAAAGGGUGGCAUUUCUGAUUGUUGAUAUUUAUCGACUAGCAGUGCAACAACCUUGUCUUCCUCUCUGCCUAAUAUUUCUUGCUACAAAGUAUUAACUUGCAAAGUGGAAGCAUAAGCAAUGUGUAAGUGCAACGCCUCGCCAAAGUAACCUCUCAGUCAAGAUGAAGGUGCCCCUGGGGGUGAAUCUGCAUACACCUCUAGUGAAGAUGUGUCGACAAGAAGCCUAUUAGGAAGUCCAGCAAAACAGGCAGCAUUUGAAAGUCCAUAUACGGAAUGUCCAGAUAACCAUUUCAGAAAAAGCUUUGAAGCAGAUAUAGAGAUCCAUAAGUAUGGGUUUGAUUCAUAAAUGUUAAUUAUCUUAUCACCUAACCUUUCAUAUCUGUACAGCAGGUUUGGUCAACCGACAUAGUUACUUUUGACAAUUGAUGAGGAUGAUGACACAGAUUCAGUAUGGGGCCUUACCAAUGCCAAGAUGAUCUAUUUAAGGUCUCGUCAGAGUGUCAAACUCCAAGAAAAGGUUUUGAAAGUUGGAGUGCUUUAUAGCUAUCUGGUGACUCUGGUUCAAACUCCAUUUCAUUUUAAGUGAGGCCUUCGUCUUCUAAUAUUGUUCAUUAUGUUGAUGGGAUGGAAAUCCUCGUGUGUUGCAUAACGUGGAUCAAGAGUUGAAGAAAGAUGGACAUGUUAAUGUUUGGUGCUGGUUCAGCUGUAUUUAUGUCACAUAUGAUGUUAUGGCAUGCCAGGAUGAAAGGGAAGGAAAAAGACAAUGUCAGUUCUCAAUUACCUGAGAUGGACAUAAUGGGAAGAGAAGAGAAAGGUGGGGAGUGGGGUGGAAGUCAGUAGCCGCUGUGUUGCAGCUGCUGAACAUGCGUUAUAUCACGUGCUUGCUUGUAGUUGUUGCUUUGUAGUUGCAUUUCAGUUUGCCGAUUGUCUUUCAAAUAUAUAGCUGUUGAAUUUGUGUACUUCAGUGAAAUGAAUAUUUCGUUUUCCCUUCAGU